UAUUAACGUUAAAAGUUGGUCUAGACUAGUGAGUUUUGAUUGCCUAUAAAAUCCAAUUUCUAGUGGGGGGAAAGCAUCCGUAGCGGCAUCCAUCAUCUUACGUAGUAUACAAGACCACCCAAAUCCCGGCAAUCAUCACGGUCAAAUGUCUUACGACAACUUUUUGAUCGAGUCCACUAUCAAUAAGAGACGACAAAAAGCAAAUGGGAGCUCGGCAACUAUGGAAUCCAGCAACGCAAUUACUAGCGCACGAGGAGAUACCAGCCCAAAGGAAGAAACCGCGGCAGACGACGACAACGACAACGACGACGACUAUGUCUUUCCGUUCCUCAAGCUGCCACUGGAGCUCAGACUCGCGGUCUACCGCCUGCUGCUGAGACACCGGGCGCCCAUCUACCACCUCCAGGAUUUCAGGUUCCACCCGGCCAUCCUGCGGGCCUGCCGAAGCGUGGGCGCGGAGGCCUGCGCCGUUCUGUACCAGGAGAACACGUUCGGCGUGUGCUGCUGGGUGAAAUGGGGCACCACGCCGCUCGCACACAUGCUGGGAAUCUACCUGACCCGGGACGACGACGACGCCGACGCCGACGGCGGCAGCGGCAGCAGCAGCAGCAGCAACAACAACGACGGUGUGCGGCUGGCCCAUCAGAGACUCACCACGACUCUCCCGUGGAAGGGCUUCAGGCGGUUCGAGGUGGAGAUCCACCCGGGCAGGGCCAUCAGGCACGCCAUCGCUCCCGUCUGCGCGUACCUCGACGCGCUGCCGGAGGUGCACCACCUGGGGAUCAAGAUCAUGCCCAGCGUGCGGUCCUCCCGUCCGGGGGCGGAGCCGGCGUACCGUGACCUCGCAGGGCUCGGAGAGCUGCGCCAGAUCCGUCACGUCGUUGUCCAGGGAGCACCCGACGACGUCCGGGAAGCGCUCUGCGCCAAGAUGACGACGGAUCGAAUUCCUCGCGACAACUGACACGGGAUUACGAAAUGCUGUGCCGUCAUGGCCAACAGUUCGGCUUACCUCUUAAGCUGUGUGCACACAUGUAUGAUUUACACCCACGUUUCAGCAGAGAACGGGUAGAGGGAGCUUUAAUUAUAGAAAGGUGUUGUAUCAAGGAAAUGGAAAACAUUGGUAGCACACAAAUGCCAAUCUGACAAGGACAAUAGAAAUCGAGUGCAGGCACUUGUUUGAUGGAGACA